UUUAAGAGUCACUUGACUUUAAUAUUUCUCUUUUUGUUUCUUUCUCCUUUUUUCGAUCCGCUGAGAGCAUGCCUGAAUGUCAAGAGAAAGGGAGAGAUUUGAAGAGAUAGGGAAGAAGAUCAAAAGAGAAGCAGAUGCUUGGCCACAUCAUAUGGCAGGAAUUAGAAGACCAAUGUCGGGUCCUCCCGGAACCCUCAACACCAUUACUCCUUGUGCAGCCUGCAAGCUUCUGCGCCGUAGGUGCGCUCAAGAAUGUCCUUUUUCGCCAUAUUUUUCCCCACACGAGCCUCAUAAGUUCGCAUCCGUCCACAAAGUUUUUGGGGCUAGCAACGUCUCCAAGAUGCUAAUGGAAGUGUCUGAGAGCCAGAGAGCAGACGCGGCGAAUAGCCUUGUGUAUGAAGCAAACGUGAGGCUAAGAGAUCCGGUGUACGGAUGCAUGGGAGCAAUCUCAGCUCUACAACAACAAGUCCAAGCUUUACAAUCCGAGCUCACAGCCGUACGAUCGGAGAUUCUCAAGUACAAGCAACGAGAAGCUGUCGCCACUUUGAUCGUACCUUCUAACUCACAAGUCGCAGGAUAUCACAACUCCGGUGGCGUCUCCGUCAUUGCACCACCACCACAAAGACCGUCAACUCCACCGCAACCUAACGCGGCUCAUCCUCCUCCUCCUCCGCCUUCGUCUUGUGUUUUCUCUCAACCAACCACAAGAGCCUUAGAAUACGGCGACAUUGAAAGUGAGAACAACUCCUACUUCGGUUAAAAUUUAUUUGUAUCAUUCUACAAACACACACAUACAUAUAAUUUAUUUCGAUAAUUUUGUGAU